AGCUUCGACUUUGGCCGGUUGGGUUUUUCAUCUAUGUAUGUAUACGCAUAUGUAUUUGAAUAAAACUUACAUAUGUACAUAUUGAAUAAAACGCCGAUUUACAGUUCAGUAGGCGGAACAAGUAUUCAGCGAUUCAGGGCGCAAUAUCGCGCAAUCUGAUAACGAAUCUUUGGAAGCUACUUUCUGCGAAAUGUCUGGUGAUCGUCUGGAUGUGAUUAUCUUUGGGGCUAGUGGCUUCACCGGCAAGUAUACGGUUUUCGAGGCGGUCACCGUGCUGCGAGGGUUGCGAUGGGGAAUCGCGGGCAGAAACCGUGAGAAGCUGGAGGCGGUUUUAAAGGAGAUGGGCGCCAAGGCCAAGAAGGACCUCUCACAGGUGCCCAUCUUUAUCGCGGACGUCAACGACGAGACUUCCCUGCUGGAGAUGGCCAGAAAGUGUCGUAUUGUGGUAAACACAGCAGGACCAUAUCGGUUUCACGGCGAAAACGUCGUGAAGUGCUGCAUAGAAUCGGGCACGCACCAUGUGGACGUUAGCGGAGAGCCCCAGUACAUGGAGACCAUGCAGCUGAAGUACGACCAGCGGGCAAAGGAAAAAGGCGUUUACGUGGUCAGCGCCUGUGGUUUUGACUCCAUCCCCGCCGACAUGGGGGUCAUUUUUGUGGAAAAGAACUUCGACGGCGUGGUUAACUCUGUGGAAAUCUUCUUGGAGAGCGGAAUCAAAGAGGGCGACAGUGGCGGAGGCACUGCCGGACUUAACUACGGAACCUGGGAGAGCGCCGUCUAUGGGCUGGCUCACUCUGACGAGCUGCGCGGCAUCCGGACGCAGCUCUAUUCCCAGAGACUGCCCAAAUUUUUUCCCGUCCUCCAGCCACGACCGCUGGUCUUUCGCUCCACUGAGGUUGACAAAGUGUGUUUACCUUUCCCCGGCUCUGACCGCUCGGUGGUGAUGAGGUCCCAGCGUUUUCUCUACGAGCAGGACAAGAAGAGGCCGGUCCAGAUGCACACUUACGUGGGCUUUCCUUCUUGGGUGGUCGCUGGCGUUGUGAUCCUCUUUGCCAGCAUCUUUGGUCUGCUAUCAAAGUUCCGGCUGGGGCGUACGCUGCUGCUUAAUUACCCCGGCCUAUUUUCCGGAGGACUGGCCUCUCGUUCCGGCCCAAGCGAGGAGUCGAUGAGUCGCACCUAUUUUAAGAUGACUUUCAAGGCCACCGGCUGGCCCAAAAGCGAUCGUCUGGCCGAGUGCUCAGACCAAUACACGGAAUACCCGACCAAGACGCUAAUGGUCCGUGUGUCGGGCAUGAAUCCUGGAUAUGGUGCCACCUGCGUUGCUUUGCUCUCCACGGCACUGACCAUUCUUCGUGAGUCAGACAAGAUGCCUAGCACAGGCGGAGUGCUGACUCCAGCUGCUGCCUUUUCUAAGACCGGCCUAAUUAGCGAGUUGGAGAAGCAUGACCACGGUAUCAAGUUUGAGAUUCUAGCGAACAAGUGAAACCCAGAAUCCACCUUCACACAAUGGCGGUUUGAACUGUAAUUAAGCACUUAUUAAAUUUACCCACACAUCCGCUGCGGUUGUGUACCUCUAAAAUAA